AUGCGGUCCUCCGCCGUGACGGCAUCUCCGGUAAAGGGCCGGCGGCAAGGCCCCGGCGGCGCCGCCGGUCAGUCGUCAUCGUCGCCUUGCUGCAGGCACUCAUCGCCGUCGGCGACCCUCGACCUGCUCAUCUUCAUUCUCGUUCUCUUCUCCUGCACCUUCCUGAUCUCGUCAUCCUUCUCCUACAUCUUCCGCUCGCUCUCUCAGAUCCUCCCCUCUCUCCUCCGGCCGCUCGCCGAUUCUUUCAAUGGAUCGCCUAUCCCGUACGCCGCGGGGCUCGUGGUAUUUCUCGCGGCGACAUUCCUGGUCGCCGCCGAGAUCCCCUGCGGCGGCAGCGGCGGCGGCGGCGGCGGUGAGGGCGGUGAGGGCGGUGAGGGCGGCGGAAGGAUCAGGGGGCGGCGGUCUUCGUGGUUCCGGUGGUGGUCUAACCGGUGUGGGAAUCCCCAAUGCAAGGGGCUGAAGAAAGCGUUGGAAUUCGACGUGCAGCUGCAAACUGAGGAAUCAAUCAAGGCGGCGGGUUCGUCGCCGGCCGUGGGGGUGUGGCGGGAGAUCGACAACCUCCCGUGGAAGGGCGGUGAUCAGGGGAACAGCCCGGAGUACGAGUGCCUGAGGUUGGAGCUCCGGAAGAUGGCCCCACCCAAUGGCCGGGCAGUGUUGCUGUUCCGUGCCCGAUGUGGUUGCCCCAUCGCCAAGCUGGAGGCUUGGGGACAGAAGCGGGGGCGGCGGAACAAAAAGUGGGUGAUCAAUCUGCCUGUGAAACUAUGA